AUAGGCGUGGCCGCAUAUUCGAGCUAUAAAAACUCCCUUGCGCUUCUCACUCAGUCCUAUCUCCUCUGCAGCAAGAACUGAAUUCUACACUUCUGUAUAAAAUACACGUAGCGAUACUCCAAAAUGUCUGACGAAGGAAAGCUUUUUGUUGGCGGCCUGAGCUUCGAUACCAACGAGCAAGGAUUGGAGGACGUCUUCGCCAAGUACGGCCAGAUCUCUGAAGUUGUUGUCAUCAAGGACAGAGAAACGCAGAGAUCGAGAGGCUUCGGCUUCGUUACCUUUGAGAACCCAGAUGACGCUAAAGAUGCAAUGAUGGCCAUGAAUGGAAAGUCUGUUGAUGGCAGGCAGAUCCGUGUUGACCAGGCAGGCAAGUCCGGAGGUGGUGGAGGAGGGUACAGGGGGGGCCCACGUGGUGGCGGAGGUGGCGGUGGAUUCUACCGUGGUGGCCCCAGAGGUGGUGGUGGAAGGGGUGGCCGUGGCUUCUCAAGAGGGGGUGGUGGUGGUGGUGACAGAGGAUACAGCAGCGGCGGACGUUUUGACAGAAGUGGGGGAUACUCCUCCUCUGACAGAGGCUAUUACCAGAGGGAUCGGGGACAAGGAGGUUAUGGUGAUCGUUCAGGUGGCUCCUACAGGGACUACGACAGCUAUGCUUCACACGAGUAAAAAUCCUUCCUGCAUCAAGACCGACCUUCCAAUGGCUGUAUUUAAAAGAUUUUUUGGAGCUUCGCAGAAUCCAUACUUGUUGUAGUACCUACAUGUGUUUUAUAUUGGUUUGUAGAAUCAGUUCUGUCCUUGUUAAACGCAGCCUGACAGCUUCAGACAUGAGAAUGCACACCCUUUUUUUUUUUUUUUUCUCCAUCUACUUUAUAGGGUUUGUUUUAAAGCUCCAAACACAUUUUAGCGAGUUCUCAUCCUGAAUUGUUUAUUUCAAAAGCACUUUUCCCAAAGGCUUUAUUUUAACUUUUCCCCUUUUUGACCCUCUGUCUUCAAGUAGUCCCUUGGAUUGGGGGGUGGGGGGGGGUGGGUUGAUAAAGCAAGAGGGAGUGAGUGUUGACUUUCCUUUUUUUAGUCCUUUUUGUUGUUUUAAAAAGGAAUUUGAGCAAACUGAUGUUCUGAAGAAGCUGAACAAGCUGUGGUGUACCCUAAAGUUAAACUGAAUAAAAGGGCUCAGUGCCGUUCUUGUAAUACAUUCCUUUAGUGUAUCAAGGGUGGACUGCAACCAGGCUGCAGAGAUGUCUGCAGACCACCUUGAUAUAGCUAAAGAUUGAAAGAGGGGUGGGAAAGAAUUAAGAUCAGUAAAAAGAAAUUGACUCUGCUUGUAUAUUUACCAUGUGCACGUCCUGUUUCCAAACAAGGUUAUUUUUCUGUAACGUGAAGUGUCAGCAAAAUGGAGUUGAGCAAGCAUCUACUAGUUUAAAAAAAAAAAAAAAAAAAAAAAAAGAUAAGUUAAGAAAUUCUUCUUGCAAAUGUAUCUUUUAUAUACUGUCCUUUUUACUGGAAGACAAAUGCAUAUUCCAAUCUAAGCAUUGUAUUUUGAAGUGGUUCGGGAAAAACUUUUUUUGUAUUAAACAUUUUUGCUUUACGAAGCCUAUUAAAAGAUCGUCUGAAUUUA